GUAGACAUGAUUCAAUUUUCGGAUAAUUUCCCCUAGCAAACAUCAAGACCUGUUUGUAUGAUCUACAAAAUAUACUAUAUAGUUGAAAAUAACCAGCCAAAUAGUUAAUAUGAUAUAGUAUAUAUAAACGUAGUAUAGUAACUAGUAACCAUACGUUAGAACUAUCAGUGGUGUGACGUGUUUAUGACGUCGAUUUCUGCGAAACUUCUUGCAAAUUAAUUCGUAUUAUCUUUUACACUGUUACCAUAAUCAGUUGCAAAGCAACGUUAAACAGAUAGAAGUGUUAAAUAUAAUUAUUUCUAAUUCUAUAUUUUGUGAAAAUAAACAUUAGUUGAAAGAUGUCUUUUAUAUCGCCUAUGCCUAGUCGAGAAUUUCUCUGGGAUGUUUUUCAAAGAGUUGAUAAGGAUAGAUCUGGUGCAAUUAGUGCAGAGGAAUUACAGCAGGCUCUUUCUAAUGGGACUUGGACACCAUUUAAUCCAGAAACAGUUCGUUUAAUGAUUGGUAUGUUUAACAUUGACAAAACUGAUCCUGAUUCUUCAGGUAUGUUUGAUAAAAAUCAAAAGGGAACAGUUAGUUUUGAAGAAUUUGGAGCUCUGUGGAAAUAUGUAACAGACUGGGAAAAUUGCUUUAAAUCAUUUGACCGGGACAACAGUGGAAAUAUCGAUAGAAAUGAAUUAAAAACAGCUCUCCAAAAUUUUGGAUACAGAUUAUCAGAUCGAAUUAUAGACACUCUUAUACGCAAAUAUGACAGAGCUGGUCGUGGCACUAUAUAUUUUGAUGAUUUUAUUCAGUGCUGUGUAGUUUUAUAUACAUUAACUUGUGCCUUCAGACAGUUGGAUACAGAUUUGGAUGGUAUCAUUGUGAUUCACUAUGAGCAGUUUUUAGGCAUGGUAUUCAACCUUAAAAUAUAAGACAUUUUUAUGCUUGACCAAUGUUAUUUUUGCCUAUGUUGGCACUAUUUUUUUUAUUGUACAAAUACUAUACAAACUAUUUGAUGCCAAAUCUGAAAAUCUGGAAAUUCGAAUUUAUCUUAUAAAGCUUUUUCCAUGCCAAAUUUAAAAUCUUAUGUAUUUAA